AUGGCAGACAUUCAGACUGAGCGUGCCUACCAAAAGCAACUGACCAACUUUCAAAAAAAGAAGAGGGUCCUGCUUGGAGAAACUGGCAAGGAGAAGCUCCCAUUAUACUACAAGAACAUUGGUCUGGGCUUCAAGACGCCAAAGGAGACCAUGGAGGGCGCCUACAUUGACAAGAAAUGCCCUUUUACUGGUAAUGUCUCCAUCCGAGGGUGGAUCCAGUCUGGCGUGGUGACCAAGAUGAAGAUGCGGAGGACCGUUGUCAUCCACCAAGACUACCUCCACUACAUCUGAAAGUACAACCGCUUCUAGAAGCACCACAAAAACAUGUCCGUGCACCUUUCCCCCUGCUUCAGGGAUGUCCGAAUCAGCGACAGUGUCACAGUGGGCGAGUGCCGGCCCCUGAGCAAGAUGGUGCACUUCAACAUGCUCAAGGUCAACAAGGAUGAUGGCACCAAGAAGCAUUCCAGAAGGUUCCUGGGGACUUCUACUGAUGAUGCUACCCGAAUAUACACCCAAAUAAGUAGGAAACAAGAUAGGCAUGAGACAUUCAUUUCAGCAGUGAUUGGACUCUAUCCGAUUAUUCCAUGUAACCUUACCUUGGCCCGGUAUACCACCGACACAAUGUUAAUCAAAUCAUACGAGCAAGAAGUUUCACGUAGAUUGUGGGCCUUGGUAAGAAUAUUGGAUCCAAAAGUGGGAGAUAAAGCCUAUGAAGAUUUGGAAAUUAUAUCAGGAAAUCUCAUCCAAAAUAAAGAACAAAUUGCUGUUUCUCUUACCCUCACCAAUAAGAAGAAAGUAUAA